AGUUUCUCAACACCAGCCAAAGCUGGAAUUUAGAACAGUUUUUUUAAGGAGUGGUUUGACGGUGAAGACCACUCCUCCUCAGGAGGGCAACUUGUAAUCAUAACUGAUCAAAAUAGUAGUCAGUCAUAUCCAAGCAUCACAAAAUGCAUCUCCUCCUGAUCUUUGGGAUUGUGCUUCUCCCUAAAGUAUACACUCUGAGAUGUUAUGAGUGUGUACCGGGAAUCUCCGGACAGUGCACAGACACGCCAAAGGAGUGCCCAUCACAGGGUUAUCACUGUGGUGCCCUAAGAGUCACUGCAUAUGCAGGGGGCUCAGAAAUCACCCACAGCAACGUGAAAUCUUGUAUUUUGCCUGAAUACUGUGUUGAGGGUUCAGUCAACUUUGGAGUCGCCAGAACGGUGAUUACCAGCAAGUGCUGCACCUCCGAGCUCUGCAACAAUCAACCAGCCCCUGGCCCCAGCAAAUCCAUUCCCAAUGGUAGAAAGUGUUUCCGCUGUGAUGGACAAAAGUGCACUACUACUCUGAACUGUGAGGGAAAUGAGGACCACUGCAUCUCAACAACAGUGACUGUAGAAGGUCAAAAGACGACCAUGAAGGGCUGUGCUUCCAAGCAGGUGUGCUCAAAGGACCAAAUUGCACAGGUACCCUCCCUUGGAUCCAUUGGAGCAGAAAUUAACUGCUGUCAGGGCAACUACUGCAACAGCGCCAGCAGCACAACUGCUGGCCUUCUGCUCCUGGUGGCACCGCUGAUCUCUUUGGUCAUGUUCUUUUAACUGAUGAAUACAACAGUAUCACUUCUCAGUUUUUCUUCUCAUCUUUGCAUCUUAGCUUCAUUGCGUUCACACCCCCUUUGCUUAUCCUUUCAUUUGAUAAAGUAAUGACUAUGAGUUAUUAUUCCGACUGUUAUUCUUAGCCUGAAAGCUAUGUCAACCAAUUUUAAUUAGACAUAUAUAAAACAUUUUACGCUAUUAAUAAAAAAUCUGAAUAAACACAUUUUUGCUGUGU